UGGAGCGUUUGCAGGCCGUUUCAAUGGUUCUGGCAACGAUUCUUUAAAUUACAUUGACACAGAUAAAUCUAGAGUGGUUACGGGGAUCUUUGAGGAGAAAUACCAUUUCUUCUGUGGCUUUCGAUUCGCAAAAGCUGGACAGUCAUAUGUGCGACGAGGCAUUGCAACGCCAACGUAUCUAUUGAAUGAGUUCCAGUAUGGCUACAAUCUCUACCGAAUAAACUAUGGACCCAUAGAUCGCAACGCAAAAACACGACUACAAGACUGGUGGCGGAUCUGGCUGACGCAGAAAUUCGAGUAUCCGUCAGGCUUUGGUCUGACGGACCGAGGAGUGUUGAAUCUGUUUUCUGGAUAUCGACGUUCGUCCGUCGAGCUGCCGCCUGGGUUCAAAGAUAACCUCAAAAAUGCAUUAAAGCAGUUUAGUCUUAAAAACAGCUCUUUGGUCGACUUGUUGAUCAUGAACACCAACUGGACACCAACAAAGAAUUUUGGCGUGGUAUACUUGAACGAGGAAUCACCGAUACCCAGAGAGUGGCUGAUAAACUUGGUGAACCAUUUCGAGAGACUCGAUCUUACUAUAGGCCUCUCUACGUAUUCGCUAAGGCUCAGCAACAUUCCGUCGCUGAAAACCUACUAUGCUGCUAUUCAGGCUUCAUCUGGAGGAAACCCAACGCUGCUUGAUAGAUCCAUAUUACAGCCUGCUAUUUAUAUCCACGAACAGUUGACAACACAUGUGUUCAAUCCUUUCACAUCUGCAAUCAAUACUGUUGCUUCCGUUCCCCAGCUUGUGUCAUCCAUUGGCUUGUUCGGGCUAGGCUCGUCCUCUAACGAGGAGCCUGAGGUUAUGGAUGAAACUGUCGUAGAGGCUCCACAGUCGCAAGAGUCGCUGGCCACGGAGCUGACAGGAAAAUACCUCUUAGGCGAGACAAGCGAUGGGAGGAUCACCAAAACAGUGCAUCUGGGAGACUUCAUUGUGGAGAUGGUUGUGUACGAAAUCAACGGAAUAUUGUUCACCUUGCUGUUUAAAGAGAUCGGUCAAGAGAUGGACUUUUUCGCUUCUCUUCAAUCACAGCUAGAUGAGAUCUACUCCUCCUAUUUCAGUGAUGUGGUCGCUACACAAUUGAGGUCCAUGGAAAAAGACUUGAAAGAGAAAUCGGAAUUCUUCUAUCUAAUAUACAAUCCGCUGACCAAAGAGAUCAAGACUUCGCUGCCAAAUAUCCCCGACUCCGAUGACAUCAAAGAAAUCAAAACCUCGGUGCUACCAUCGGAAGGGGUGAACAGGACGCAGAUCAUCAAUCUUUCAUUAAGCCUGAUGACUCACAUGCUAGAGAACCGCGGGUUAAUGGGUCUCGAGCCGGUCGAGAAGCUUGUCAAAAUCAACAGAAAUUGGUGGUGUUUGCAUAAGAUGGUCGAUGGUAAAAGUGUGAUCGCUCUUAAGAAAUUUUCUCCGAGCGAGUUCAAUUUGGAAGCAGACAGUUUGGUUGCCUCUUUUGGCGCGGAAUUCAGCAAAUGGUUCAAUGAGUCUCUACGAAGCGGGUUCAUCUAGAACAAUGGUGAUUAGUGCUCGUCCCCGUACAACACCUUAUUGACCUCACUCAGCGGCAAGUCCCAGAUUCCGCUGGUGGAAGAAAAUAGAUAGCGGUCGAGGUCUUUUUUCUGGUAAUGCGGCAGUUCUGUGAUAACAACCCCGUCAGGAUCUGCAAUUGUCCGGGGAUCAUCCAAUGAGGGAGUUUUCACUUCUAUGUUGUAUAAUGCAAGGGCCACAUAUGUGUACAUCAUGGAUACCAAAACAUAUGCUGGAAUGACGAGAGCCCACCACCUUGAUGGGUAGUAAUAUAUGCCAACGUUAUUGAGGAUCGAAUCUGGAAUCAUGGACCAACUCAGCCAUAUGAACAAGAAGAUAAAGCUAAUGACGUAUGCCGCGAAUCCUUUAUAUUCUGCUUGGGAAGUGAUGUUCGUGGAGACAGUCACGUCGGACUCUCUGGCCAAUGCGUCGGAGAUAAACGCCAAAUUUUCCGAGGUAGAAUUGGCAGUGGCGUUCAUCAAGCUCGAGGUUGAGUGGUUGGUGCUUAAAUUGUACAAGGAUGGAAUUAGC